UUUGCAGUGGUUAAUUGAAAAUUUCCAUCCGAUUCUUGAUACACGUAGUGCAAUACGUCCCUUACCCUUUUAAUUCAAUUGAUAAUGAUUUGUGUCCUGAUACCGCUAUUUAAACAUGCUCUAUUGCAAACAGAUAAUCAGGAGGAUGUUUAGUUUCAUAUGUCUUCUCUCUUUUGAGUUUUCUCUCUAAAGUCUGAAUCUUCUCAAAGUUUGAUGAAAACAACAUGCUUAUUCUCAUUUAACAUGCUUAAUGCAUUAUUGAGUAGCACUGCAAACAUCAAUCAUAGUAUUUGUUGACAAAAUUUUCUCACACAAAAAGGAACUUGAUUUUUUGUUUGAUUUGCAGAGGAGAAUUUGAUCACCAACUUAUCUAGAUUUGUUGUAAUCGUGUGGGUUUUUGUGGUUUUGGUACUCACAUCGAGUUAUACUGCGAGCUUAACAUCAAUGUUGAUAGUGCAAAAGCUAAAGCCUUCUGUCGCAUAUAUAAGAGACCUCAUAUAGAGUAAGGAGUAUGUUGGCUACCAGCAGGGUUCUUUUGUCCAGGAUCUACUGAAGAAUCAGAAAUUUGAUUCCUCCAAGUUAAAGGAUUAUAGCACGUUUGAACAGUAUGACGAAGCCCUUUCCACUGGAAGUAAGAAUGGAAGAGUUGCUGCGAUCAUCGAUGAGCUCCCUUACAUAAACCUCUUCCUUGCCAAUCCAACAUAUUGUCCUAAGUACACCAUGGUAGCAUUGGUAGGACCUAUCUACAAUACUGCAGGCUUUGGAUUCGCAUUCCCAAAGGAAUCUCCCCUAGUACCUGACGUAUCAAGAGCAAUCUUAAAUGUAUCUGAGCAAGAUGUAAUGACGAGAAUCGAUGAAGAAUGGUUGGGGGGAGGAGUUACUUGUGCGGAGCAAAAUGGUGCCACAGUCACCUCCAACAGCCUCACGCUCGACAGUUUUAAGGGUCUUUUCAUAGUUGCCGCCUAGCUCCCCUUUCUGCUCUCAUGUUAUUCCUGUCAAUCUUUCUAUAUGAGAACUGGGACACCUUAGCCUCUAAGGACUUGACAAUCAGGGAAAAACGUAUAGCAAUAGCUAAAUCUUUCCAUGGAGAAAAAGCAAAUUCAUCUGAUGCAUCCAAGAGAAAACACCCCACAGGCGAAGGUAUGGCAGUGCCUGCAGCAGCAACGGCUGAUUGUCCACAAAGUCCAGCAACAAGUGAUUCUCAGAUUGCUGAAUAGAUUUUCUCGCACGAUGAAGGGCUUUCUACAACAGAAACCAGUACCCCACUUCACGAAAUUAUAGAAAUUGUAGAAAGUAAUGAAGAAAGAUGAUCAUAUGAAUUGCUGGAAACGUGACCAUCCUAAUUUGUU